AUGAAAACAGCUGUGUUCGGACACGACGAUACAUGCGACGGUUGUUCACUAGCGUUGAGCGGUGGUGCAGUAGCGCCACCUUUAACCUUCACACCACCAGCCACUUUAUCUGCCGCAGCUGCCUUACAUCCGAGACGGAGUGGUGCCCCUGUUUCGGCAUCUGUCACUUCGUAUCGACCCCAACAUCCGAGACGCACCUCUCGUAUGCAAAAUGUUAGUGGUCGCUACUUUUAUACUACUUUUAUCAUCCGUUCAACAUUUCUUCCUUUAGCCAGCUAUCACUAA